AAAAGCUUCUUCGAUGAUGUUAAAAAGGAGUUAGAAUGUUCUGUGUGUCGAGAGUUGUUUAGCGAAGUCAACGAACCAAAAAUUCUAAAAUGUCUCCACACGUUCUGUAAGAAUUGUCUGGAAGCUUGGCUGAGGAGGCAACGUGAAGGACAGCUAAGUUGUCCGACAUGUCGUCAAGUCACCGAGUGUCCUAACAGCAACAUUAACAGCCUCCCAUCCAACCUUUUCUACAAACAGAUGGUUGAAAUUGUGGAAGCUUAUAGUGGUACAGCACAAGAAGAUGAUUCGCUGCAUUGUGGGAACUGUGUGGAGAAAAAGCCUCGAAUUUUUAUUGCUUUGAUUGUAACACCUUCUUGUGCGAGAAAUGCGCUGGCGCCCACAGCAAAUCGAAGUUGUUUAAAGGCCACCACGUCAAGGAAAUUGGAAAAUUUGAGUCAAGCGAUGUGCAAGAUUACGCCCGAAAAUCCAGCGUAUGUAAGAAUCACAAGGAUGAGCGAAGAUUUUACUGUGAAAGCUGCAACAUUUGCAUUUGUCGUGAUUGCGCCAUACUCGGGCACCGUGACGAUAAGAACCACAACGUAGUUUCACUUGAGCAAGGAUUUGAAAACAAGAAAUCCGACAUAACAAGUAAAAUGAAAGACGUUGAAGCAAUUGCAAGUCGUUUAAGGGACCAAAAACAAACGUUGGAGAAGAAAAAAGUAAGGAUGCUUGGAAGCAUUGAUCAAGCGACGAGUGAAAUUCACCGAGUCGCGGAACAAUGGAUCAGCUUCAUUCGCCAAAAUGAGGCAGCCAUAACCAAAAAGUUGCUCGAGCAGAAAAAUUCUUUUCAAGGUACAUUUUCAGCCCAGAUGUCUCGCUUAGACGAAAAACUCAUGGAGAUAGACAGCAGCUUGGUAUUUGGCAGCGACGUUCUCGCUCGAGAAAAUCUACCAGAGAUUUUGAACGUGGAAGAAAUACUGGAUCAAAGGUUU